GGAAAGACGAGCAGGCCAGAGAUUUGCCCACAUCGCAAACCACUGGUGCAAAUGAGGAUGGAUAGUUUGGGUGCACUUGUCCAUCUGGACCCAGGAAGGCAGAUCAAGUAUGGCGAUCCUGGGGCCGUCUCUGUUAAACGACCUCUUGCUGAGCUUUGGCGGAAUCCCGAUGCUGCCAUUAAGUAUCAUCACCCACCGAAAGGUCUCAAAGUGGAAGUUGAGAUUCGGAUGUCUAAGAGGGCGUUUAUAAGAUCGGAAGAGGCAAAAAUGAGGGCACAGGCGGACGCCAAUCCGAAUCCCUUUCCCCAAGAUCGUCUUCAACUCUUCGAGUGUAAAUGGGGUGACUGUGAUGCAUUGUUGGACUCGACAAAACGCAUGAAGCAGCAUGUGUUGAAAAAUCAUGUGUACCCGUCAACAGAUCACAUCUGUCAGUGGGAUGAUUGUGGCACCCGUCUCCAUAACGUGAAGAAGCUAGAAGCACAUGUUCACAAGGCUCAUCUCUGUCAUUACACUUAUAUCUGCCCCUACCAAGACUGCAGUAAAGGGUUUCUUACCGAAGCUGCGUGGCGGAAUCACAUGUCUCUUGAUCACCCAAGGAAAGAGCAGGUUGUUCGGCAAUAUGCCAUCCCUUACGCACCAGAAUUUAUCAGACCAAUCCCCGACCUUCCAGAAGAACCAAUAUCACCUGCCGAAGUACUUUUCUUACCUGUUCGACAACCGCCCAUUACUCCAGAGUUCCACCGCGAGCUAGGCCCUUGGGUGCUUCGGCGCAUUCUGGGCGAGGUGGUAGGUGGGCAGCCAAGACCAUCCUCGGCGGUUUCUCUGUCCCCUGCCAAAGGACAGUCAGCACCAGAAACCGGGUCGCCAUCUAGCGAACACAGCUCAAUUGAAGAUCAAUCUCCUGCUGAUCGGCCGCCGCGUCUUCCUCCAGCAAGGUAUCGUUACGCAUACCUGAAUGGGAAUACGCAUCAAAUCGUAAACCGCCUACCUCCGGUGGAUCUCAAUGACAUUGUACGCGAACCGGGGAACCAUAGCACACAGUGGGAGAUCCAGCCUACCGUCCCAAGCUCGAGUUCAAUUAAAGUCAACAAAAAUCUGGAAGAACUGACUCCUCCGGUGGCAGCUCCGCCAGAAACCCCACUAUUCCUCCCAGAUGAAGACGAAGAGGAGCUUGGACAAACUUCUAUCAGGGCCGUUCGAGAUUCUCGGCCCGAGCCACCCGAGCUGCCAUUGUUCCUGCCAGAUGAUGAUGAAGACGAUGACAAGCCUGGUUCGUCCAAGUACGAUGCUGCACGACCACUCCAACGAAUACAGCGGACGGCACAUCGCUUCGAUUACGAUGUAACCAUGUAACUUGACCUAGUAACAAUAUCCUUAUCUUGAGCUUUCAGAUACCAAG